GUGGUUCACCGCAGAUAACCAUACAACCUGAUGAACCAGAGGUCACUCCACUCAAGUCUUCCAGAGGUGGUCCUCUUCUCUUUCUCUCCCCGAGACCGCUCAUCCUAAAAAAAAAAAAAAAGAAAAAGAAGAGAGAGAGAGAGAUACAGCAGCUCUUUCCACAAGCCUCUCCGACCGCAUCCAGUGAUGUCUUUUCUCCUCAUCACAGUGCUGUCUUCCCUCAUAGUGCGAGAUGCUGAGGCGUGGGGCGCCAAUGUCAAGUACGCGGUGAACUGCCCCGACAGAUGCAACGCGGAGCGGUGCGGCGGGACGCAGCGGUGCACACGGACGGUCCUGGAUGACUGCGGCUGUUGCCAGGUCUGCGCAGCCGGCAGAGGGGAGCACUGUUACCGCACAGUGUCGGGGAUGCACGGGGUAAAGUGCGGACCGGGAUUAUUCUGCGAGUUCUACAAGGAUGAAGACGAUUAUGGGGACGAAUAUGGCAUCUGCAAAGACUGUCUGUAUGGAACCUACGGGGUUGAGUGCCGCAAGACAUGCAACUGCAAAGGUGGCAUAUGUGACAGGGAGACAGGCGCUUGUCUCAACCUCAAAUUCUUUGCCAAAAUCGCCAGCAAGCUCAAGACUGAGGCACAAGCAGGGGGAGAGGUGGGCUCAGGAGAGGUCAGCACUGCCCAGAGCACAGAUCAACACAUAGACAGAUCCACUGCUCCAAAGCGGCUCAACCCUCGCUGACAAGUGCUGACAAGACUGAAUCUAUUCAGUGUAAAUGUAGCAUUAACUUAUAAAUGAACUGAAAGAUAUAUUUUGUUAUGUUAAACGAUGAAAAACUUUUUUACAGCAUUUGGAAGUUUUAUUUGGUUCUUGUUUGACACCAUCAUCUUUUCUAAUGAAACAUGCAGACUAUGGUGUUUUCUUCAUAUUCUCUAUCUCUCUUUAUCUGUUUCUAGAGUAGAUUCAUUAAACGAUCCUGUAGUCUUUAGCUUCAGUGUAGACCCGAUUCUCUCACUUAGUGUGCCUUCAUACAUUACUGUUGAGAAAAUGAGAGUUAAUGUCACAAGUAACUGCCUUGCAUUUGUUUUCAAACUGGAUACAGCAAUAUUUUUCAUGAUUAACUGUAGUCCACUAAAUAUUUUGAAGUUUUCCAUAAUGAUAUUUUAUGUGUACUGAGCAGACAUGGGACAUAUAAUGUAUAUGACACCAGCCAAUGUAAAGAAUGCUCUUACAAUUAAACCAAAGUUAU